CUCUUCCAUUGCUUGACUGCUUCUUCCUUCACGUUUAAACCACCCCCUUUGCCUCAAUUCAUAUAUAUAUGAUCUUUAAGUUGCAGUUUGUAAGUAGUAAAGAGUAGAAAGAUGGCCAAGUGUUUGGUUUUGUUAUUUUUAUGUUUGGUAAUGGUUUCCAUUAAUGUUGCAAACACCAUGAACGAAACAUGCGUCGACGACAUUAGUAUAGUGUUGCAGAUCGACUUGUAUAAAAAUAGCUGCCCGGAGGCAGAGUCCAUCAUCUACUCUUGGGUUGAAAAUGCAGUAUCACAGGACUCUAGAAUGGCAGCUUCGUUGCUUCGGCUUCAUUUCCAUGAUUGCUUUGUUAAUGGUUGUGAUGGCUCAGUGUUGUUGGAUGAUACUGAGGAUUUCACUGGUGAGAAAACCGCACUGCCGAACUUGAAUUCUCUGAGAGGAUUUGAAGUAAUCGACGCUAUUAAAUCGGAGCUCGAAUCUGUUUGCCCUCAAACUGUUUCUUGUGCUGAUAUUCUUGCAACAGCUGCUAGAGACUCUGUCGUUAUAUCAGGGGGUCCGAGUUGGGAAGUGGAGAUGGGGAGAAAAGACAGCUUGGGUGCUAGCAAAGAAGCAGCAACAAACAAUAUUCCAGGUCCAAAUUCAACGGUGCCAAUACUUGUUGCCAAGUUCCAAAACGUUGGACUCUCAUUCAAUGACAUGAUUGCACUUUCUGGUGCACACACGUUGGGAAUGGCUCGAUGUUCGACAUUUAGUUCACGGCUUCAAGGCUCAAAUGGUCCAGAUAUUGACCUUGAUUUCCUUCAAAACCUGCAGCAGCUGUGCUCACAAACGGAUGGGAACUCAAGGCUUGCGCGACUUGAUCUGGUCAGCCCUGCGACGUUUGACAACCAGUAUUACAUUAACCUUCUUUCCGGAGAGGGAUUGCUGCCAUCUGACCAGGCGCUUGUCACUGAUGAUUAUCAAACUAGACAGCUUGUACUAUCCUAUGCUGAGGACCCUUUGGCCUUCUUUGAGGACUUCAAGAAUUCGAUGCUGAAAAUGGGAAGCUUAGGGGUGCUAACAGGGACCGAUGGCCAGAUUCGGGGGAAUUGCCGGGUUGUUAAUUAAUCAACUUCUUUGUUGCCAUUGCAUUUGCUUUGCUCGACUUUGCAUGGUUGUAACAUUAAGAAGUUAUUAUGUAGUUAUGGUUUAAGUGCAUGUUUAGGAGUAACCUUAUUUGGAAUCUUAGUAGAAUGCAAUCUAAUUAUAAUUGUCAUUACAGAAUGUCGAUUUAGAGCAAAAAGAAGGAUCUA